AAAAAAUUCAGUGACUGUAUAACAUUCUCAUAGGCGGAUUCAUACCUGGAUUUAUAGACGGCUGGAGCUUACUCAUAUUCAAAUUUCGGGGAAGAUAUGAAAACGUUUUCGUAUAGUUAUGUUCGUCGAAAUGCCUCAAAGAGACUCUUCAAGCAGCACACAGUAGGUCACUAACAAGCUUAUGUUCAUGACCAAUGAGAAAAAGCUUAAGCAAUAAUGUCACCUGGGACGUUUACAAGCUUACCACCACUAUUUUUGGGUUGUUAAGUUGUUAAAUAUUGUCGAGUAUAAUUCAAGUGCUUCCUUUAAACAAACCUUCUUUCUGAAUCGUAAAUAUCCAGGUCCCACGCUGAAGCAACCUCACAGUCACAGACUCACAGGGCCACUAUCCAGCCAGUUGGUUUUGUUGGAACUGAUCGAGGUCCAAGUUUGCUCUUUUUUCAUUAAAUUUGUGAUGGAAAGUUGGAAACUGGAAAGUACAUAAACUCUGAGAACUCUCUUUCUUUGUGUGACUGACUUGUGAGUGUGUGAGAAAUGGAAAGCGGGCUUCCCAUGCUCAACUGUUUGUUGCAGCACACACUCAGAAGCUUGUGUUCAUGUUCAUCAGAUUCCUCUUCCAAUUCUUCCAAGUGGGUUUAUGCCGUCUUCUGGAGAAUCUUGCCUCGGAACUAUCCUCCUCCGAAGUGGGAUUAUGGAAGUAGUGUCCUUGAUCGCUCCAAAGGAAACAAAAGGAACUGGAUUCUUGUUUGGGAGGAUGGGUUCUGUGAUUUCUAUGAAUGUGAACAAGCAGGAAGUGGCUACUUAAAGGGGAGGUUUGGAGCUGAUAUUUUCUUCAAAAUGUCCCAUGAGGUUUAUAAUUUUGGAGAAGGUUUAUUGGGGAAAGUAGCAGUAGACAAUAGUCAUAAAUGGGUGUUCAGAGAUGCACCAAAUCAAGUGGACAACCCCAACUUCAUUUCCUCUUGGAAUGUAUCCACUGAACCUCAACCAAAGGCAUGGGCGUUUCAAUUCAAUUCAGGCAUUCAGACUAUUGCCAUCAUUUCUGUUAGAGAAGGCAUAAUUCAGCUUGGCUCGUUUGAUAAGAUAGCGGAAGAUCUCAAUCUGGUGAUCAGCAUACAGAGGAAGUUCAGCUACCUGCAGAGCAUACCAGGUAUUUUCGCCAUGCAAAGGCCUUACCUACCUAUCCAGCAUCCCUACAUCCUCAAAGCAAGUAACGCCCAGAAUAUGAUUAUGAAUGGAAGCACUAGUACGUACACUGCUACUACUACUAGUAUUGGUGCUGGGGUUAAGAGAUUGUUCAACCUCACACCGCCGGAUGAUCAGAUGAUCAAGUCCAUCAACUUGGGAUGGAACACACCACAAAAUGGAAUAGGACUAGGACUCGGAGGAUCAUCAUCCGUUUCAGUACCUGAUCCUAAUUGGUCGGUUCCAUUUCCACCGCCUCUUCUACCCUCCAUUUCAUGCAGCCUUGGAGCUCUUCUAUCAAAGCUACCUUCUGUUUCACCUUAUUCCCCUUAUAUUAAUGAUGCCAUUCAUGAAGCUCCCAACACUAUUACUACAUCUACUACUACAGCUAUGCUCAUGAACAACAGCAACAACCACAACAACAAUUGUGCCGAAAACAAGAUACUGAAGGUUAGUGGUGGCAUUAUUAAGAUAGAGUCAUCAUCACCAUCAUCCUGUCAUUUAGAUGUAGCUCAACAAGAAAAGCACAGUUCCAUAGACCCUAAUAAUCUUGGUUUGGAAAAAGGACAGACUUAAUUAGUCUUUUCUAUAUCUUUUGAUGUAAUAAUAACGUCUGUAACAUGAGAACAUGUCUUGUUUUCUCCUAUUUAGGGUACAACCAUCAUAUGAUUAUGUGAACCCAGAUAAUGUAUGAUAACAGAUUCACGAUAAAUAAAAGUAUUACGGUCUAAGUGAUCAUCAACUACCUUCAUUAAAGUAAAUUAUGUGAUAUGAAUAAGAUCAUCAUUGUCAUCUUCCAUUUGCUGCACUGAUUGAUUGAGGGUUUGGGGUAGGGUAAGUAACAGCUGGGGUUGGAGCACUGUGGUCUAUCCCUAUCCUUUUGGGAUCGGAGUGGUCUACCAUUAUAUGAAAAUCAAUGGUCCCCAGAAACCCAAUUGAAGAUGGAAAACUGACAAGAGAGAUUGUUGGGUUGGAGUUGGAUCAACAUGUUGCCCUUAUACAGCAUAUCCCGGCAAAAUGGAUGGUCGAUAUUUUGGUCCCCAAUCAUUGAGGUCUUUCAUCAUCUUCUAGUAGUAGCACUCAUCACAAGUAGGUUGGUUGUCGUAUGAAAUAGUGUGUUAAUGAUAAACAAGGCAGGACCAUUUUAGUUGGCAA